AUGGCUUGGCUCCGGUUCAGAACUCAUCUGUCUGAAUGUCCCGGAGAAGGAGGAAGAUGAUGAUUCUCCGUCUCCUUGCUCCGACUCCACCCUCUCUGCUUCUGCUGACUAGAACACAGGUGUUAGAAUAUUGCUCUACAAGACAUCUGGCAUAUAUGUGGAAUGCAGUGGAGGCUGCUGAGGGGAGGAUGGCUCAUAAUAAUGGCUGGAUUGGAGUCAAUGGAACGGUAUCAAGCACGUGUUUCCAUGUGGUUGAUACCAUUCCAUUGACUCCAUUCCAGCCAUUAUUAUGAGCCAUCCUCCCUUCAGCAGCCUCCACUGGUGGAAUUGUGUUACAAAGGCACACACACCGUAUCAAGCAUGGAGCUAAACUAGGAGGCUAUAAACUAGUAGGCUAUAGGAGACAAACUCAUACACAUCAACAGGGUUUAUCGCUGGGUGCUACUAUUGAUUACAUUCUUUCUUCCUGCAUUGAUCAAAUAAUCAUUAUGCCCAUUGUUUUCUAUUAGUAGGUGACGGUCACAUGUUUGAGAAAAGACUUGCAGGUAGUCUCUUUCCCUUUGCAUAUGGUCCUAGACAUUCUGACGCUGUCUGCCUUGUAGGCCUAUUGAUGUACAGUGAGGGGAAAAAAGUAUUUGAUCCCCUGCUGAUUUUGUAAGCUUGCCCACGGACAAAGAAAUGAUCAGUCUAUAAUUUUAAUGGUAGGUUUAUUUGAACAGUGAGAGACAGAAUAACAACAAAAAUCCAGAAAAACGCAUGUCAAAAAUGUUAUAAGUUGAUUUGCAUUUUAAUGAGGGAAAUAAGUAUUUGACCCCCUCUCAAUCAGAAAGAUUUCUGGCUCCCAGGUGUCUUUUAUACAGGUAACGAGCUGAGAUUAGGAGCACACUCUUAAAGGGAGUGCUCCUAAUCUCAGUUUGUUACCUGUAUAAAAGACACCUGUCCACAGAAGCAAUCAAUCAAUCAGAUUCCAAACUCUCCACCAUGGCCAAGACCAAAGAGCUCUCCAAGGAUGUCAGGGACAAGAUUGUAGACCUACACAAGACUGGAAUGGGCUACAAGACCAUCGCCAAGCAGCUUGGUGAGAAGGUGACAACAGUUGGUGCGAUUAUUCGCAAAUGGCAGAAACACAAAAGAACUGUCAAUCUCCCUCGGCUUGGGGCUCCAUGCAAGAUCUCACCUCGUGGAGUUGCAAUGAUCAUGAGAACGGUGAGGAAUCAGCCCAGAACUACAUGGGAGGAUCUUGUCAAUGAUCUCAAGGCAGCUGGGACCAUAGUCACCAAGAAAACAAUUGGUAACACACUACGCCGUGAAGGACUGAAAUCCUGCAGCGCCCGCAAGGUCCCCCUGCUCAAGAAAGCACAUAUACAGGCCCGUCUGAAGUUUGCCAAUGAACAUCUGAAUGAUUCAGAGGAGAACUGGGUGAAAGUGUUGUGGUCAGAUGAGACCAAAAUGGAGCUCUUUGGCAUCAACUCAACUCGCCGUGUUUGGAGGAGGAGGAAUGCUGCCUAUGACCCCAAGAACACCAUCCCCACCGUCAAACAUGGAGGUGGAAACAUUAUUCUUUGGGGGUGUUUUUCUGCUAAGGGGACAGGACAACUUCACCGCAUCAAAGGGACGAUGGACGGGGCCAUGUACCGUCAAAUCUUGGGUGAGAACCUCCUGCCCUCUGCCUGGGCAUUGAAAUGGGUCGUGGAUGGGUAUUCCAGCAUGACAACCCAAAACACACGGCCAAGGCAACAAAGGAGUGGCUCAAGAAGAAGCACAUUAAGGUCCUGGAGUGGCCUAGCCAGUCUCCAGACCUUAAUCCCAUAGAAAAUCUGUGGAGGGAGCUGAAGGUUCGAGUUGCCAAACGUCAGCCUCGAAACCUUAAUGACUUGGAGAAGAUCUGCAAAGAGGAGUGGGACAAAAUCCCUCCUGAGAUGUGUGCAAACCUGGUGGCCAACUACAAGAAACGUCUGACCUCUGUGAUUGCCAACCUGGGUUUUGCCACCAAGUACUAAGUCAUGUUUUGCAGAGGGGUCAAAUACUUAUUUCCCUCAUUAAAAUGCAAAUCAAUUUAUAAAAUUUUUGACAUGCAUUUUUCUGGAUUUUGUUGAUGUUAUUCUGUCUCUCACUGUUCAAAUAAACCUACCAUUUAAAAUGAUAGACUGAUCAUGUCUUUGUCAGUGGGCAAACGUACAAAAUCAGCAGGGGAUCAAAUACUUUUGUAGGCUAUGCUUGUAAAAAGGCUGUAAUAGGCUGCCUACCCUUUGAUGCUGCUCGGCAUGUAGGUAUAAACAGCAUUUCAGUUCAUUUUGCUCACUUAGCAGAUUCUUUGUUAUUGAUCUUGUUUGAGUUGUGCACGGUCACUGCACCAGAGUGUGUCUCUGCUCUGUAUUCCAGGACACAUCUAUUUAGUCUACUGUCUGAGAGGAAUCUUCGAUCAAUACGCUACUCUGUAAUCGGUCCCAAGAGCUAGGCCUAGCCUAACAAAAUACACUUUCUUCGAAAAUCAACCCCAAGUAUGAAAGCCUGUGUUUUAGGAGGUGACUUUUUUUCUGCUGACUGCCCACUUUCACCAAGUGCUAUCCCCCUGAGGCCAUGGAUGAGAUUACUUUACUUGGUCCGGGGCGGACAGUGCACUCCCAAGCUUCUUAUAUCUUCCUCAGAUAUAGGGGGAUUUUGAUUUUUGGUUCAGCUGCAGUGUAACAGCAUACACUGUGUAUGUGUUUUUUAUUUAUACAUACAUACAUACAUACAUACAUACAUACAGUUGAAGUCGGAAGUUUACAUACACCUUAGCCAAAUACAUUUAAACUCAAUUUUUCACAAUUCCUGACAUUUAAUCCUAGUAAAAAUUAUGUGUCUUAAGUCAGAUAGGAUCACCACUUUAUUAUAAGAAUGUGAAAUGUCAGAAUAAUUGUAGAGUGAUUUAUUUCAUUUUAUUUCUUUCAUCACAUUCCCAGUGGGUCAGAAGUUUACAUACACUCAAUUAGUAUUUGGUAGCAUUGCCUUUAAAUUGUUUAACUUAGGUCAAAUGUUUAGGUUAGCCUUCCACAAGCUUCCCACAAUAAGUUGGGUGAAUUUUGGCCCAUUCCUCCUGACAGAGCUGGUGUAACUGAGUCAGGUUUGUAGGCAUCCUUGCUCGCACACGCUUUUUCAGUUCUGCCCACACAUUUUCUAUAGGAUUGAGGUCAGGGCUUUGUGAUGGCCACUCCAAUACCUUGACUUUGUUGUCCUUAAGCCAUUUUGGCACAACUUUGGAAGUAUGCUUGGGGUCAUUGUCCAUUUGGAAGACCCAUUUGCGACCAAGCUUGAACUUCCUGACUGAUGUCUUAAGAUGUUGCUUCAAUAUAUCCACAUAAUUUUCCCUUCCUCAUGAUGCCAUCUAUUUUGUGAAGUGCACCAGUCCCUCCUGCAGCAAAGCACCCACACCCAUGUUCUUUGGCUUGCAAGCCCCCCCUUUUCCCUCCAAACAUAAUGAUGGUCAUUAUGGGCAAACAGUUAUAUUUUUGUUUCAUCAGACCAGAGGACAUUUCUUCAAAAAGUACGAUCUUUGUCCCCAUGUGCAGUUGCAAACCGUAGUCUGGCUUUUUUUAUGGCGGUUUUGGAGCAGUGGCUUCUUCCUUGCUGAGCGGCCUUUCAGGUUAUGUCGAUAUAGGACUCGUUUUACUGUGGAUAUAGAUACUUUUGUACCUGUUUCCUCCAGCAUCUUCACAAGGUCCUUUGCUGUUAUUCUGGGAUUGAUUUGCACUUUUCGCACCAAAGUACGUUCAUCUCUAAGAGACAGAACGUGUCUCCUUCCUAAGUGGUAUGACGGCUGCGUGGUCUCAUGGUGUUUAUACUUGCGUAUUAUUGUUUGUACAGAUGAACGUGGUACCUUCAGGCGUUUGGAAAUUGCUCCCAAGGAUGAACCAGACUUGUGGAGGUUUACAAUUUUUUUUCUGAUGUCUUGGCUGAUUUCUUUUGAUUUUCCCAUGAUGUCAAGCAAAGAGGCACUGAGUUUGAAGGUAGGCCUUGAAAUACAUCCACAUGUACUCCUCAAAUUGACUCAAAUGAUGUCAAUUAGCCUAUCUGAAGCUUCUAAAGCCAUGACAUCAUUUUCUGGAAUUUUCCAAGCUGUUUAAAGGCACAGUCAACUUCGUGUAUGUAAACUUCUGACCCACUGGAAUUGUGAUACAGUGAAUUAUAAGUGAAAUAAUCUCUGUAAACAAUUGUUGGAAAAAUUACUUGUCAUGCACAAAGUAGAUGUCCUAACCGACUUGCCAAAACUAUAGUUUGUUAACAAGAAAUUUGUGAGGUGGUUGAAAAACAAGUUUUAAUGACUCCAACCUAAGUGUAUGUAAACUUCCGACUUCAACUGUACAUACAUACACACACACACACAGUGCAUUAGGAAAGUAUUCAGAUCCCUUGACUUUUUCCACAUUUUGUUACGUUACAGCCUUAUUCUAAAUUUGAUGAAAUUAUAUUUUUUCCUCAUCAAUCUACUUACAAUACCCCAUAAUGACAAAGCAAAAACAGGUUUGUACAAAUUUUUACAAACAGAAAAACCUUAUUUACAUAAGUAUUCAGACCCUUUGCUAUGAGACUCGAAAUUGACCUCAGGUUCAUCCUGUUUCCAUUGAUCAUCCUUGAGAUGUUUCUACAACUUAAUUGGAGUCCACCUGUGGUGAAUUCAAUUGAUUGGACAUGAUUUGGAAAGGCACACAACUGUCUAUAUAAGGUCACACAGUUGACAGUGCAUGUCAGAGCAAAAACCUAGGCAUGAGGUCGAAGGAAUUGUCCGUAGAGCUCCGAGACAGGAUUGUGUCAAGGCACUGAUCUGGGGAAGGGUAAAAAAAAUGUCUGCAGCAUUGAAGGUCCCCAAGAACACAGUGGCCUCCAUCAUUCUUAAAUGGAAGAAGUUUGGAACCACCAAGACUCUUCCUAGAGCUGGCCGCCCGGCCAAACUGAGCCAUCAGGGGAGAAGGGCCUUGGUCAGGGAGGUAACCAAGAACCGGAUGGUCACACUGACAGAGCUCCAGAGUUCCUCUGUGGAGAUGGGAGAACCUUCCAGAAGGACAAACAUCUCUCCAGCACUCCACCAAUCAGGCCUUUAUGGUAGAGUGGCCAGACUGAAGCCACUGCCCAGUAAAAGGCACAUGACAGCCCGCUUGGAGUUUGCCAAAAGGCACCUAAAGACUCUCAGACCAUGAGAAACAAGAUUCUCUAGUCUGAUGAAACACAUAUUUAACUCUUUGGCCUGAAUGCCAAGCGUCACAUCCGGAGGAAACCUGGAACCAUCCCUACGGUGAGGCAUGGUGGUGGCAGCAUCAUGCUGUGGGGAUGUCUUUCAGCGGCAGGGACUGGGAGACUAGGCAGGAUCGAGGGAAAGAUGAACAGAGCAAAGUACAGAGAGAUCCUUGAUGAAAACCUGCUCAGGACCUCAGACAGGGGCGAAGGUUCACCUUCCAACAGGACAACGACCCUAACCACACAGCCAAGACAAUGCAGGAGUGGCUUCGGGACAAGUCUCUGAAUGUCCUUGAGUGGCCCAGCCAGAUUCCGAACUGAAACCCGAUCGAACAUCUCUGGAGAGACCUGAAAAUAGCUGUGAAGCGAUGUUUCCCAUCCAACCUGACAGAGCUUCAGAUGAUCUGCAGAGAAGAAUGUGAGAUUUUCCCAAAUACAGGUGUGCCAGGCUUGUAGCGUCAUACCCAAGAAGACUCGAGGCUGUAAUCGCUGCCAAAGGCGCUUCAACAACGUACUGAGUAAAGGGUAUUACUAACUAAUUCGCUAAAAUUUCAAAAAACCUGUUUUUGCUUUGUCAUUAUUGUGUGUAGAUUGAUGAGGGGAAAAAACUAUUUAAUCAAUUUUAGAAUAAGGCUGUAACUUAACAAAAUUUGGAAAAAGUCAAGGGGUCCGAAUACUGUGUGUGUGUAUAUGUAUAUAUACACUACCAGUCAAAAGUUUGGACACCUACUCAAUUCAAGGGUUUUUCUUUAUUUUUAUUGUAGAAUAAUAGUGAAGACAUAAAAACUAUGAUAUAACACAAAUGGAAUCAUGUAGUAACCAAAAAAGUGUUAAACAAAUUCUUCAAAUAGCCACCCUUUGCAUUGAUGACAGCUUUGCACAAUAUUGGCAUUCUCUCAACCAGCUUCAUGAGAUAGUCACCUGGAAUGCAUUUCAAUUCACAGGUGUGCCUUCUUAAAAGUUAAUUUGUGGAAUUUCUUUCCUUCUUAAUGCGUUUGAGCCAAUCAGUUGUGUUGUGACAAGGUAGUGGGGGUAUACAGAAGAUAGCCCUAUUUGGUAAAAGACCAAGUCCAUAUUAUGUUAAAAACAGCUCAAAUAAGCAAAGAGAAACAACAGUCCAUCAUUACUUUAAGACAUGAAGGUCAGUCAAUACGGAACAUUUCAAGAACUUUUAAAGUUUCUUCAAGUGCAGUCGCAAAAACCAUCAACAGCUAUGAUGAAACUUAUGAGGACCACCACAGGAAUGGAAGACCCAGAGUUACUUCUGCUGCAGAGGAUAAAUUAAUUAGCGUUACCAGCCUCAGAAACUGCAGGCCAAAUAAAUGCUUCACAGACACAUCUUAACAUCAACUGUUCAGAGGGAACUGUGUGAAUCAGGCCUUCAUGGUCAAUUGCUGCAAAGAAACCACUACUAAAGGACACCAAUAAGAAGAAGAGACUUGCUUGGGCCAAGAAACACGAGCAAUAGACAUUAGACCGGUAGAAAUGUGUCCUUUGGUCUGGAGUCGAAAUUUGAGAUUUCUGGUUCCAACCACCGUGUCUUUGUGAGGCGCGGUGUGGGUGAAUGGAUGAUCUCCGCAUGUGUAGUUCCCACCGAAAAGCAUGGAGGAGGAGGUGCUUUGCUGGUGACACUGUCUGUGAUUUUAUUUAGAAUUCAAGGCACACUUAACCAGCAUGGCUACCACAGCAUUCUGCAGCGAUAUGCCAUCCCAUCUGGUUUGGGCUUAGUGGGACAAUCAUUUGUUUUUCAACAGGACAAUGACCCAACACACCUCCAGGCUGUGUAAGUGUUAUUUUACCAAGAAGGAGAGUGAUGGAGUGCUGCAUCAGAUGACCUGGCCUCCACAAUCCCCCGACCUCAACCAAAUUGAGAUGGUUUGGGAUGAGUCGGACGGCAGAGUGAAAGAAAAGCAGCCAACAAGUGGUCAGCAUAUGUGGGAACUCCUUCAAGACUGUUGGAAAAGCAUUCCAGGUGAAGCUGGUUGAGAGAAUGCCAAGAGUGUGCAAAUCUGUCAUCAAGGCAAAGGGUGGCUAUUUGAAGAAUAUAAAAUAUAUUUUGAUUUGUUUAACACUUGUUUUGGUUACUACAUGAUUCCAUAUGUGUUUCAUAGUUUUGAUGUCUUCACUAUUAUUGUACAAUGUGAAAAAUAGUAACAUUAAAGAAAAACCCAUGAAAGAGUUGGUGUGUCCAAACUUUUGACUGGUACUGUAUGUAUGUAUGUAUGUAUGUAUGACACACGGACGGACUAUUAUGACCUUCACAGAGUAAUUGUAUUACUCAAUAGUUUGGGGGUUUUGUAGGCUUUAACCUUAUUUCAUUUUAAGCCUACAUUUCAUGGUGAAUGCAAGGUCACAUGUAGUCUGUCUUGUCUUGGGUAUGUUUGUUCUCUCAUCCUGUUCCAGAGGAGCUCUCUCUCUCCCUACAUACCACUCAGUGCCCAGGGGGUGAGGCUUUGGUUGUGUUUCCUGCCUCUGAACAUGCUGUUGAUUCAGCCAGUGUGUUUGGUAGCUCUGAGGUUUACAGGGUGGAGGUCACAUAAUCUGGAUGAAUGCAAACCCUCUCCCUGACACACAACCAUUAAUUCAUUGUCAAAUGCACUGAGAAUACUUAACUGGUAUACAGACAUUGAUAAAAAGACCGACCCCAGUGUUUCAGCCACUGUUGGUGCAUGCGUGGGUGCAUUAGCCUUCUCGUGUGUGUUUAUGUGCCUGUGGAACAAACCCUCUCCUGUUUGUGUGCGUUUCAGGAGCUGCUGGGUGUGCUUUGCCACGGACGAGGAUGACCGCACGGCGGAGUGGGUGCGUCCGUGUCGCUGCCGCGGCUCCACCAAGUGGGUGCACCAGGCGUGUCUGCAGCGCUGGGUGGACGAGAAGCAGAGGGGCAACAGCACGGCCCGCGUGGCCUGUCCUCAGUGCAACGCCGAAUACCUCAUCGUCUUCCCCAAGCUGGGUAUGAUAUGACAGGGGUGGGGGCCUGUGGGAUAUGGGCUGGAAUGUUCCUGGAAUAUUAGCUGGAGGUAGUUAACGUUACAGUGAGUUCCUGAAUUGAUGCUUUCACGCUGUUUGUAGGCCACAUUAUUGAAUUGGUCUCACCCUGUUCAAGCGAGUGUCUUUCCUGAUUUUCACACAUCAGGAGUAAAGAGAUUAACAUGCAUUAACUGCUUAUGUGAUGUGUUAUGAUUUCAGUCAGUUAUGAUUCAGGCCCAUGUGAAAGAUAUUUAUGUCAUUAGAGCGUUUUGUAAUUCCAUGGCAGCUUACCUAACAGAUCGAGACAGCUUUGCUGCGUCUGUCAGCACACAGCCACGUAAUAACAGCUGAAUCACGGUCAAAUUUGUAGUAUCUCACUUUACUGUCACUUCACUGUCAAAAUGUCAUAACAACCCUUCACUUCCCUACCCUUCCAAAGGGGAAGUAGCAUUAGAAGGCAAUUUCCAUGCCUAAAUGAACUUCUGAAUUGGUCCUUUGAGGACAUAGACAACUAAUGGCUGUUGUUGCUGUCUUUCUAAUAACGGUUGCAGCACAGGGACAGUGACUCAGUGCUGUGAAUUAGGAGGGGGGAACUGAGAGCUCUAAAAACCACUCAGCCUGUCUCAACUCACUGCAUGUUUAUUUACUCCCAAAGCCAGGGUAGGUUAUGUGGUGAGUCUGGUAAAUAUACCCUUUGAGGGAGAAGUAACACAAGGAAUUGGAGCGGGCAGGGCACCCGCCAGAUGCUCAUUACCAGACCUGGGUUCAAAUGUUAUUAGACACAUUUGAAAUAGUUUGCUUUAGCCUGCCUGGAGUGCCAGAUAGGUGGGCUUGGCACUUGUGCGACUAUUCUAGCAGUUCCAUUGCACCAGGCAAGCUCAAUAAAACUCAGCGAAAUCAUUUGAAAUCAUUUCUAAUAGUAUUUGAACCCAGGUCUGCUACCCGCUCAUUACCGGCCAGCUUCAGCCUCACUGGAAAAUGCCAAUUUGGAGAGGGGGUGUAGAGAGGAGAGUUGCCCACUGUAAUUAACCCCAGCACGUCAGAGUGACGGGGACACUGAUUGUUCCCAACACUGGCACUUAGUUAUCAAGUAAACACAGCCAAACCUCUCCAAAAAGUGUUGCCUUGCAAAUGUCAUUUUCCUUUAGCGUUUGUUCCUCAGCUCAGCGUUUGUUCGUUCGGCGAUUACAGACCUUUCAGCUCCGUCAGUCACCGUAAGAGAGGAAACUUUUAUGUAAGUGGAAACCCUGGAAACUGCUUUGGGGAAUAACACUUGUACAUUUUAUAGCACCUGGUAAGCUAUUAAAUCACUCUGCAUACACGUCUAAUUAGUGUGUAAUUGGGACUAGGUACAACCUAUGAAGUAGGGCCUGGACAUAAGACAAUGUAUUUGGGAGGGCAAGCUCUGCUGGUAAGCAGGGCCACGUUGUAUUUUUAGAUGAAGGCCUGGCUGUGCUGUCAGUCACCUGUGUUGCUAUAAGCAGCAGGACUGGAGCAUAGAGAUCAGGGCACUUAGUUCUACCUCGUCUCUGGAGCUUCGGUUCAAUGGGAAGAUUCUGGGACAGUUCCUAGUCUCGUAUGCCAAGUACAGGACAGAACUAAUGAUGUGUCAUUGAUAAAGUCACGGCACAUGACAAACCGGCACCCAAUAAUUCUCAAGCAGUACUCUGUGAACUUAGAACACAAAUCAGAUCAGUGGCAUUUAUAUUUCCAUGUUCACGUUCACUUCACUCACCCAUUUUUUAAAAAAAGUAUCUGGCUCACUGAAAACAUAAUUAUCCUGUGUCCCAUCAUGGAACCGUCUCUACUGCUUAGUAUUUCAGAUAACAUUGAUGGAGCAUGAAUCCAUACUGGGGAAUUUGGUUCGGUGGCAGGCUUUUUGAAUGUCAUCUCUGAUUCUCCGCAUAAUGAGUAGAUGAGGCGACUAGUGAAUCUCAAUGUGAAUAUUUUCCUCUUCUUUUGUUCUAGAUGGGCAUUACUCUCUCUCUUUCUCCCAAUAUGUAAAUGCUAAUUGGGUGUAUGGAGUAGCCUGACACUGGGCUUGCCUGCAUGUUCAGUAAAUAACCUUGUCUCUGUCUUCUCUCCUGAGGCCCACCAUGCCUGCUGCCUGCCUGGUUAUUCUGGGAUAAGUGUCUGUGUCACACUCUACCCUUGCCCCCACUGGUACAUUUAUCCGGUUAACCUUCAAAACAGGUGAAAGGAGGAAAAAAAGAGAUGUCUCCUGUUUACUCUCCAAUCCCAUGUCCCCCCCCCCCCCCCCUUCCCCCCCCCCACACACACACACACAGAGAGAGAGGAACUAAUCUCUCAUUCCCAUUCAGUAGCUACUGAAGACUUGUUCUGGACACUUUGUUUCAUCGCCCCCUUUACUAUCUGGCUGAUCAGUAGAACUUCUUUGUGGUCGGUUGUUUUUGGCCAGCGUCUUCACAAGAUUAGCCAUCCAUGAAAUAUGUCCUAAAUGUUUAUUAUCAAGUUCAUCAGUUCCCCUACACACACAUCCUCCACAAGUUUUGUUUGUGUUCCUUUUUCUUUUGAAUACCCCGGUGUUUUUUUCAUUUCCAGGCAUUAACAAUGAUAGAUGAGGGAUUGUGUACUCUGUGUGUGUGUGUGUCCGUGUAAAUAGGCAGUUUUUUGUAUUUUUCGUACAUAUUUCCCUAUCACACUUUUCAUCCUCCUACUAAAUAUACUUUCCUGCAACCCGCCUCACUCAAUGUGGAACGGAUUCUAUUAUUGACUUACCUUUUAUCUAGAAUCUCCAGUUGAAACUAGCCAGCCAGCUAACUAGCUACUUGCUAUUAGCCACCGUUAGCGGUUUUCACCCAGAACAUCGGAUUUUCUGCCGGAAUAACUGAAUCACUGGACAUUAACACCGGAUCGCAACUAGCUAGCCGCAACCGAAUGGAUGUUGCUGUUGGCUAAUCACUACUGCCCCCGAAGCAAGCACCAGUUAGCCUUGAGCUAGCCUCGAGCCAGGCCCAUAUCCCAGCUAUCUACCUCUCUGUCUACCGGACGGGAGUAGCCAGCUAACUAGCUACUUGCUAUUAGCCACCGUUAGCGGUUUUUCACCAUUGUCCGUGGCCUGCACUACCUACCAGCCAGCUCUAGCCUGGACUAUUAUCGGCCAGUCUGCACUGUCUUUAGAGCGCGUUAUCGACCAAGAAUAUAUCGGUUUUUCUGCCGGAAUCACUGGACCUUUAACUCCGGAUCAUCGCAACUAGCUAGCUGCAACCAAAUGGAUGUUGUUGUUGGCUAAUCAGCCUUGAGCUAGCCUCGAGUCAGGCCCAUCUCCCAGCUAUCUACCUCUCUGUCAACCGGACGGGACCUCCUAGAGUCGACACGGAGCCCCGCUGAUCCAUCACGACUGUUCUGCCGACGUAAUCGUCUGUGGUUUCAACAGGCUUACCGUUGCGACGACCACGAAGAUCCAUCUGCUAGCCCCGGCCCGCUAGCACAUGCAAACAACAGCCGUGCUUCCUGCUAGCCUGUGCUGUAGCACCAAUUCGAACUGCUCUCGGACUCACAUAUUGCUGUUCACUGAACCUUAUGAUCACUCAGCUGCACAGCUGAUGCCUGUUGGACUGUUCCUUUACACGGUACCCUGUCCUGUUUAGCCUCAGCCCAAAACUUUAUUGCCAUUACCAGUUGUUGUCUUAGCUCUCUCGAAUAACACCUGUGAUUGCUUUAUGUCUCUCUCCCAUGUCAAUAUGCCUUGCCUAUUGCUGUUCCAGUUAGUUCUUAUUAUACAAUUUCACUGUAAAGCCCCAAGUCCCUCUCAAACUGCCUCAAAUAGCUCCUUUGUUCCACCCCCCAUACACGCGGAGACCGGCUCAAUCGGUGCCUCCAGUGAUGCUAUCUCUUUCAUUGUUACCCAACGCUUAGGUUUACCUCCACUGUACUCAUAUCCUUGUCUGUACAUAAUGCCCUGAAUCUAUUCUACAACGCCCGGAAAUCUGCCCCCUUUACUCUCUGUACCCAACGCACUAGAAGACCAGUUCUUAAAGCCUUUAGCCGUAUCCUUAUUCUAGUCCUCUGUUCCACUGGUGAUAUAGAGGUUAACCCAGGCCCUGCAGCCCCCAGUAUCACUCCUACUCCCCAGGAGCUAUCAUUUGUUGACUUCUGUAACCGUAAAAGCCUUGGUUUUCUGCACGUUAACAUCAGAAGCCUCCUUCCUAAGUUUGAGUUAUUCACUGCGUUAGCACACACUGCCAACCCUGAUGUUCUAGCAGUGUCUGAAUCCUGGCUUAGGAAGGCCACCAGCAAUUCAGAAAUGUCCAUCCCCAACUACAACAUUUUCCGUCUAGAUAGAACUGCCAAAGGGGGUGGAGUUGCAAUCUACUGUAGAGAUAGAGCUCUGCAGAGCUCUAUCAUACUAUCCAGGUCUGUGCCCAAACAGUUUGAGCUCCUACUUCUAAAAAUCCACCUUUCCAGAAAUAAGUCUCUCACUGUUGCCGCUUGCUUCAGCCCCCAGCUGUGCCCUGGACACCAUAUGUGAAUUGAUUGCCCCCCAUCUAUCCUCAGAGUUCGUACUGCUUGGUGACCUAAACUGGGAUAUGCUUAACACCCCGGCCAUCCUACAAUCCAAACUAGAUGCCCUCAAUCUCACAAAAAUUAUCAAGGAACCUACCAGGUACAACCCUAAAUCCGUAAACAUGAGCACCCUUAUAGAUAUCAUCCUGACUAACUUACCCUCUAAAUACACCUCUGCUGUCUUCAACCACGAUCUAAGCGAUCACUGCCUUAUUGCCUGCGUCCGUAACGGGUCCGCGGUCAAACGACCACCCCUCAUCACUGUCAAACACUCCCUAAAACACUUUAGCGAGCAGGCCUUCCUAAUUGACCUGGCCCAGGUAUCCUGGAUGGAUAUCGAUCUCAUUCCGUCAAUAGAGGAUGCCUGGUUGUUCUUUUUAAAAGUGCUUUCCUCUCAAUCUUAAAUAAGCAUGCCCCAUUCAAAAAAUUCAGAAAUAAGAACAGAUAUAGCCCCUGGUUCUCCUCAGACUUGACUGCCCUUCACGAGCACAAAAACAUCCUGUGACGUACUGCAUUAGCAUCGAAUAUCCCCCGCGAUAUUCAACUUUUCAGGGAAGUUAGGAACCAAUAUACACAAGCAGUUAGGUAAGCAAAGGCUAGCUUUUUCAAACAGAAAUUUGCAUCCUGUAGCACUAACUCCAAAAGGUUUUGGGACACUGUAAAGUCCAUGGAGAAUAAGAGCACCUCCUCCCAGCUGCCUACUGCACUGAGGCUAGGAAACACUAUCACCACCGAUAAAUCUACAAUAAUUGAGAAUUUCAACAAGCAUUUUUCUACGGCUGGCCAUGCUUUCCACCUGGCUACCACUACCCCGGUCACCAGCUCUGCACCCUCCGCUGCAACUUGCCCAUGCCCCCCCCCCCCCCCCCCUAAUAAUCUGGGCUAGACAAUCUGGACCCUUUCUUUCUAAAAUUAGCCGCCGAAAUCGUCGCAACCCCUAUUACUAGCCUGUUCAACCUCUCUUUCGUAACGUCUGAGAUCCCCAGAGAUUGGAAAGCUGCCGCGGUCAUCCCCCUCUUCAUAGGGGGUGACACUCUAGAUCCAAACUGCUACAGACCUAUAUCCAUCCUGCCCUGCCUUUCGAACGUUUUUGAAAGCCAAGUUAACAAACAGAUCACCGACCAUUUCGAAUCACACCGUACUUUCUCCGCUAUGCAAUCCGGUUUCCGAGCUGGUCAUGGGUGCACCUCAGCCACGCUCAAGGUCCUAAACGAUAUUAUAACCGCGAUCGAUAAAAGACAGUACUGCGCAGCCGUCUUAAUCGACAUGGCCAAGGCUUUCGACUCUGUCAACCACCGCAUUCUUAUUGGCAGACUAAAUAGCCUUGGUUUCUCAAAUGACUGCCUCGCCUGGUUCACCAACUACUUCUCAGAUAGAGUUCAAUGUGUCAAAUCGGAGGGCCUGUUGUCUGGACCUAUGGCAGUCUCUAUGGGGGUGCCACAGGGUUCAAUUCUUGGGCCGACUCUUUUCUCUGUGUACAUCAAUUGUGUCGUUCUUGCUGCUGGUGAUUCUCAGAUCCACCUCUACGCAGACGACAGCAUUUUGUAUACAUCUGGCCCUUCAUUGGACACUGUGUUAACAAACCUCCAAACGAGCUUCAAUGCCAUACAACACUCCUUCCGUAGCCUCCAACUGCUCUUAAACACAAGUAAAACUAAAUGCAUGCUCUUCAAUCGAACGCUGCUUGCACCCGCCCACCCGACUAGAAUCACUACUCUCAAGGGGUCUGACCUAGAGUAUGUGGACAACUACAAAUACCUAGGUGUCUGGUUAGACUGUAAACUCUCCUUCCAGACUCACAUUAAGCAUCUCCAAUACAAAGUUAAAUCUAGAAUCGGCUUCCUAUUUGGCAACAAAGCCUCCUUCACUCAUGCUGCCAAACAUGCCCUUGUAAAACUGACUAUCCUACCGAUCCUUGACAUCGGCGAUGUCAUUUACAAAAUAGCCUCCAACACUCUACUCAGCAAAUUGGAUGUAGUCUAUCACAGUGCCAUCCAUUUUGUCACCAAACACCAUAUACUACCCACCACUGUGACCUGUACGCUCUUGUUGGCUGGCCCUCACUACAUAUUCGUCGCCAAAACCACUGGCUCCAGGCCAUCUAUAAAUCACUGCUAGGCAAAUCCCCGCCUUAUCUUAGCUCAUUGGUCACCAUAGCAGCACCUACCCGUAGUAUGAGCUCCAGCAGGUAUAUCUUACUGGUCAUCCCCAAAGCCAACACCACAUUUGGCCGCCAUUCCAUCCAGUUCUCUGCUGCCAAUGACUGGAACGAACUGCAAAAAUCUCUGAAGCUGGAGACUCUUAUCUCCCUCACUAACUUUAAGCAUCAGUUGUCAGGGCAUCUUACCGGCACAUCAUCUCUUGCACAUCUAUCAUUCCAGUGUUACUACUAAUUGUAAUUAUUUUGCACUAUGGCCUAUUUAUUGCCUUAACUCCAUAACUUGCUACAUUUGCACACACUGUAUAUAUAUUUUCUGUUGUAUUUUUGACUUUGUUUUGUUUUACCCCAUAUGUAACUCUGUGUUGUUUUUAUCGCACUGCUUUGCUUUAUCUUGGCCAGGUCGCAGUUGUAAAUGAGAACUUGUUCUCAACUGGCUUACCUCCUCUAAAUGUGCCCUAAUCUGUUGAAAGUUAACGACCUUUGUAUAAUCGUGUAGUAGGCUUAGGCCUCGAUCACUCAUCGUUUAUUGAGUCGUGUACACAGGCUCAUAGGGGCUUAUGUGAACUUCGAUUUAACAGAGCAUGAAAGUCCUCUGAAAGCUUUCGGAGACUUUCCGACACAGGGAGAGAUGGGGAGCUGAUGCGUGGUAAGACCUGUGCACCCACACUAAUGAUAACUUCCUGCAGAAGGCCAGGGAGCAUACAGAUGGGCAUUUUUAUUUACGCCAUCUCCCAAGGCCCAGACCAAUCUACUGGUCAUCACCCAGGUGUUAGGAGGAGAAGGAUGGGCAGAGGAAGAGACAGUCUUUGGUGCCUGGAGAAAGAGACUGAGGUAGACACCCACUGGGCUGUGUAGGAGGCAGAGAGAGGGUAAAAGAUGGGGAUGGGAUGGUUGGUAGAUGGGAAAGGAUGAUCGAUGGCAAGAGAAAAAGAGGAGAGGCCUAAUGAUGUGGCAGUCAGUGAAGUGUACCAGUCUGCCUGCUCCCCCGAGCAAGCUUCCUUUGACUCCCACUGUGUUCAGACAUACAGACAGAGGUGUAGAGAGAGUGGGAGGGAGAGAAUGAAAUUAGGCCACGGUAUGAAGAGAGCAGCUCAUCAACCAGCGGCAGAGAGGAGACUGGGGUUGCCUGCCACUGCUGCUGAUGAAUCACUAAAAACCUAGGCCUGAAAAAUAGCCGACGGCUCAGACAACGAAUCAGCAGCACACUGACGCUGCCAGCCUACCACCUGAUUCAGCAAUCUGCCCGGCGACUCCCCAUUCUCCUCUGUAAUACCCUGCCUGCCCUGGGGACUGGAAACGCUCUGACAAAUCGCUUUCCUCUUGACAUUUAUGUAACUUCACCAUGCCAUCAUUAGACUUCUGCAGCCACAUUAUGACAUAGCUUCCAGAGGUCAUGAUGUCACACUGUCUGAUGUGUGCUUUUCCAGCUGAACUCAACACAGUAUUCUGCUCAGGCAGCCAGGCAGAUUCGAUGGACACAAGAGGAUAGUGUGCUAGUAUAGCGUCAGUGGGUCUCUCUGGGGUUAUCAGUAGUGCUUAAUUGAUUAUUUAGGUCCGAUUAGCACAUCUUGUUUACAACUUGUGCCGUAGAGCUUUACCUAGAUUUCCUCUGUGCGUUUAAGUGCUAGGCUACAUCACGGCACCUCACUGGGGGCUGCCUCUACCUUUUUUGAGGUGAACACAGCUACAUUCAUAGAAUUACAUAUCGAAUUUAAUAGGAUAUCUAUGGCUUCGUCUGUAUGCUUAGGAGACAUAGACAUGUGCAUUAUAGUGUGCUUUGAAGUAAGCAGAGUGCUGCGCUCUGAAGUGAACACAAAAAGAACAGCACUAUGUUGCUGGCUCCUUCCUACAGUCUUCUAAUGUAAAGUACUAGUCUGUGUUCUGGGCUUGAUCACUGGGGCAUAGGCCUACAGACAGACACGGGACUAAACAGCUUCUGUGUCUGGAUUUAUAUUCACCCGACUGUGCUAAAAGUAGAAGUAAACUUCUUUAGAAAUUGUUUACUUUUCCUUCUGUUGGGAAUGGCUUUAAGGGUGUUUCAGUGACUUUAAUCAAUCUCGGAAACAUGGCACUUUCGCAGCUCACAGACAUUGGAGGACAACUUUCGAUUGGUCUAAUAAAGGCAGAGCUGAAGAGAUGGGUGCUGGGUGGUGUUAAGAUGCUGAAGUGUAGUUAUUUUCUCGGGGCGUUCUGCUGAGCCCAGCUCAUUUGUUAGCCUGACAGGCAUUACUCGUGUUCCUACUCUCAGGGCCGGGCCUCAGGUUAGUACGGCAUCACAUUGAUUAAUGUGUUUGGCUGUAGCACACCACUUGUGUCAGGUUUUUCUCUGCUAGUUGUGGGCUGUAAACUCUGAGAUUUCUAGUAGGAAAGGAAAGUGCAGUUAGCACUGGUAUGGGAAGCUAGCUAGAUUUUUUAAAACCUCAGCAACUGAUGAUUUCCACCCACCCUAUCAUGCUGAUUUGGCCGGUGGUGUAAAAUGAGGGACGGUGUGACCUUGCUGGUCCUUCUGGGAGAGGGUAAAAAAAAGUGGGUUGGAACAGUGUGCCAACAUGCCUGCCCGCCAGUGAGGAACUGGGAUGCAGUUGCAGUUUUUCUCUCUCUAUCCCACCCGUCCUCUUUUAAUUAUGUUAAUUAGGAAUUUGCUGAAAUGAAUUGCUCAGCUUUCCUUUUUGCCAUUAAGUGUGACCCAGUUCCCCCUGACUGUGGAUGGUUUAAUGCUUAGGCUGGGACAAAGCGGAAGGGAUUCCGACACUGUCAUCAAAAUAUGCCCAGAUUAAUGUGCUCAAGUGGCACGAGAUCAAUCUGGUUGGCAAACAUAGGAGUGGCAGAACUGACACGACGCAGGAAGCCAAUGUGUUCGUAACUACUUUUAGAAAUUAAAAGUGUUUGUUCCCCAUUGUGCCUUUGGCAGCUUUGACGUGACAAAUGUCACCCUUCCGUUGUUCCUUCAGGUAUCUGUAGCCAGCUAAAAAGUCCGCUGCAGUCCUAUGACUGCCUUGCAUGCUGAGUAGAGGGAGAAAGCAGCCAUCUUGGACUGAAACACCAUUGUUCUUACAUUUGAGACCUGAUUUCAUGGCUUUCUCCCAAAAUAGCAGCGUCACUAUAGGCAUUCAGUGCAAAUAUAAAGUCACUGUUGUUUUAGCAGUGGGCAUUGCUGGAUUAUUUGACCAGUUGUGGUCACCACCAAUGUAAACUCCAUUUUUGGGGGCAAUGAGCAAAUUUCAGCUCUGCUGAGCGCAAACUUCAACGUUGUGAAAAUUCUGUGCGACUUCCAGCGCACGUUUCCUGUGAACACUGAGGCUGUACCUGCUUUAAGUUACAGUUUUAGCAGUGGCUAUGCAGGCUACUGUGGCUAUUUGAUCAUAAUGUAGGCCUACCAGAGUGGCCUACCAUCAAAAACAAUGGAGAAAAUGCAUCCCAUAACAUUUUAACAUGGAAAUGGCUGUUCUAUCAUUCAGCCUGCAGUAGCAACCAAUGUGUGGUGUUCAAUUUAGGCCUACAUUGCAUGACACUUUUGAAAAAAAAAAAACAACAUGCAGGGCUUGACAUUAACCUGUUUAUCCACUUGUCCUUCAGACAAGGAGGUGACUGAAAAUGUUGUUUUGAUGCAAGGAACCACUUAUUACAGAGAAUCAGACAAAUUAUGCUACCCUCUGCCUAUUGGCUACUUAGCUUAUUCAAGCCUGUCUCAAAAUACAACACUGCCACUUUUAAGACCAAAAAAAAACUAACUGCCAAAGGAUAUGAACAAAAUGUGCACACAUGGCUACAUGCAGCUCUCGCUUUGAUCUCAAAACAAACGCAACUACUCACGACCGCUCAUGCUGUAAACACAGUCCAGUUCAAAGUAAAUGGCACAUAUCCAUAUAUGGCAAUGGUAUAUUUGCAUAUAGGCCUACUGUAGCUCUGAUUGUUUAUGCCACACCGGUCUAUGUAAAGUAUGGGCUGAGUAGUGUGUGUCAAUGCAAUAGAAUCCUACUCCGAUGCGUUCUGCCUACAACAAAAUAUCUUGCAUAGUUCGUUUUGUUUCUGUAUGAUGCAUUGAAAGUGGCUAAUAUUGCGUUGAUUCGGUCCCAAUUGCCACAGUAAAGGGAAAUGUUGAUAGUAUUAACAAAGAACACUCUAGAACAGUGGUCACCAACCUUUUCUGAGUCAAGAUCACUGAGUCAAAAAGCCGAGAUCUACCGCUCAGAUUUUUUUAAACAUUACUUAAAGACGCAUGCCUAUGCAACAUUAUCCAAUUAAAAACAGUACUGUAGCAAUGAGGUUUGUGCAGUAAGCUAUAGGCCCAAUACAUUAUCACCACAUAUUGGCUUUGCUUGAAUUGACAUGCCAGUGAAUGCAAUGUUGUUCGGGCAAUUUUUUAAAAUUAUAUUUCAACAUUUGUGGUAGGCUAUAUGAUCACACCGGUAAUAGGAUCCGUUGUUGUAUUACUUGUGAAGCACAGCUGAGUGAGCAUACAUAAAAAUAUAUAUUUAAAAUUUUACUGGGCUGAUGGUGCCUGCAUCUGAUGGUCAGUCUCAGCAGAGGGAGAGAGCAGCAGACUGAGGGUCCACCUCUCAACAUCCCUCCGGUCUCCCUUUCCUCCACUGACACUGACCAAAAAGGGACACCGUCUUCCAGCUGAUGGCGAAACUCGAGUCGCACCGCAUUAUUUCUGCCACAUGCACAAAUUCAUCUUGUUACUCCUAUGAACAGAGAAAGUGAAAUAUUCCUUGAUAAUAAAAAAGACCCAAGCCGCUAAUUAUUACAACAACGCUCGCCUAUCGAUACACUUUCCUACUCCUUCGUUACCUCUUGCAGUGCUUGUAGCGCUGAGUGGAAAUAGGAAGAACGUGCAUUUUAUGGCUUAUAAAAGUGUUGACAGUGCUGAGUAAGAACUUAAACAUGAAUUCACUCAUAGAAACAGCAUAUCUUUGCUGUAUUCGUUGACAGUCUCUCUCUAGUCAUGGUUUUAACUUUCUUUUAUACCUGCUACGUUACUGCAGACACUGUCAUCUGAGCCAUCCAAUUGACCAGCAAUGGGCUUAUAGUGCACUUGAUUUGCUCUCUGGGCCCGCCGGGAAGGCAGAGUUUGUACCGUCAGACACAUUAACUGGUUCAAAAUGGCAACAGUUUGCCUACCCGGCGCACAGGGCAGCUGAAUCGGGUGCACCUACCGCCAGCAGCCCGAGACGAAGAAAUAAAUAUAGGAACACAAGGCUUUAUCGUUGUUUUUUUUACAGAAAUGUUUGGCGAUCAACUAGGAAUGCCUUAGAUCACGAUCGACCAGUUGGUGACCACUGCUCUAGAAAGUUGAGUGAAGUUCAAUCUUGUUCUUCUCUCUGUGGGCUGAUAUUUCUCAAUAGUCAAUAGUCAAUAGUAUCAAAGGCUGCACUGAAAUCUAACAGUACAACUUCCACAUUCUUCUUAUCAUUUUUCUUCAACCAAUCAGUCAUUUGUGUCAGUGUAGUACAUGUUGAGUGCCCUUUUCUAUAAGCAUGCUGAAAGUCUGUUGCUAAUUUGUUUACAGAGAAAUAGCAUUGCAUUUGGUAAAACACCAUUUCUUCCAACAGUUUGCUAAGAGCUGGUUGAACCAGUAAAGGCCGCUUUACCACUCUUGGGGAGCGGAAUGACAUUGGCUUCCCUCCAGGCAUGAGGACAAAGACUGUCCUUUAUGUUAAGAUUAAAGAUAUGACAGAUAGGAGUGGCUAUAGAGUCAGCUACCAUCCACGUUUUCAAUGCCAGGAGGUUUGUCAUUGAUUGAUGACAAUAAUUUGUCCACCUCUCCCACACUAAGUUUACAAAAUUCAAACUUACAAUGCUUUUAGUUUAUUAUUAGUUUUUUUAUGCAUGAAUACGAUGGCUCACUGUUCAUUGUUGGCAUUUCCUGCCUAAGUUUGCUGAUUCUACCAAUGAAGUAGUCAUUAAAAUAAUUGGCAACAUCAAAUGGUUUUGUGCUGAAUAAGCCAUCUGAUUCGAUGAAAGAUGGAGUUGAAUUUGUCUUUCUGCCCAUCAUUUCAUUUAAAGUUUUUUUUUUCCAUCAUUCUUUAUAUCAUUGAUCUUGGCUUCAUAAUACAGUUUCUUCUUCUUUUUGUUGAGUUUAGUCACAUAAUUUCUCAAUUUGCAGUAAGUCAGAUGUGCAACCAGACUUAUUAGCCGCUCCUUUUGCCCAUCUCUUUCAACCAUACAGUUUUUCAUUUCCUCUUUAAUCUAUGGAGCCUUAACAGUUCUAACAGUUAGUUUCUUAACAGGUGCAUGAUUAUCAAUAAUUGGAAGAAGCAAUUUCAUGAAUUCAUCAAGUGCAGAGUCUGGAUGCUCCUUAUUAAUCACAUCAGAACAACAACUAUUUUUAUCAUCCACAGAAGUGUCACAGCGAAAUCUUUUGUGUGAUGUCUUAUACAUUAUUUUAGACCCACUAUUUUAGGCUGAGAGAAUUUGCAGUUGUAAAGCUAAUUUACUGCAAUUCUACACAUUUUGCCAUGGCUCAUGCUAUCUGAGUGACUCACAUUAUAACAAAAUAUGACAUGGCAUGACAGAAAAUACUGAAUGCAUCAAUUUUUGAAUUUUAGGUUCUCCCUGAUUGGUGAUUUGUUAGUUCUUAAAGAUUAUCUUAUUUAAAAAUCAAUAUGUCCAUUCUCUUUUCUGCAUACUUUCUGGUUUUAGUAAUUUAAGUUUACACUGUAAAUGUUUUUCAUCCCUAAAAUUAUUUUCACAAAAAAUAAGAAUGUGGACACCUGCUCAUUGAACAUCUCAUUCCAAAAUCAUGGGCAUUAAUAUGGAGUUGGUCCCCCCUUUGCUGCUAUAACAGCCUCCACUCUUCUGGAAAGGCUUUCCACUAGAUGUUGGAACAUUGCUGCAGGGGACUUGCCUCCAUUCUGCGUUCCAAUUCAUCCCAAAGGUGUUCGAUGGCAUUGAGGUCAGGGCUCUGUGCAGGCCAGUCAAGUUCUUCCACACAGAUCUCGACAAACCAUUUCUGUAUGGACGUCACUUUGUGCACGGGGGCAUUGUCAUGCUGAAACAGGAAAGGGCCUUCCCCAAACUGUAGCCACAAAGUUGGAAGCACAAAAUCGUCUAGAAUGUUAUUGUAUGCUGUAGCAUUAAGAUUUCCCUUCACUGGAACUAAGGGGCCGACCCCGAACCAUGAAAAAACAGCCCCACACCAUUAUUCCUCCUCCACCAAACAUUACAGUUGGCACUAUGUAUUCGGGCAGGUAGUGUUCGUCUGGCAUCCGCCAAACCCAGAUUCGUCCGUCGGACUGCCAGAUGGUGAAGGGUGCUUCAUCACUCCCAGAGAACGCGUUUCCACUGCUCCAGAGUCCAAUGGCAGCGAUCUUAACACCACUUCGGCCAACGCUUGGCAUGGCACGUGGUGAUUUUAGGCUUGUGUGCGGCUGCUCGGCCAUGGAAACCCAUUUCAUGAAGCUCCAGACAAAGUUAUUGUGCUGACAUUGCUUCCAGAGGCAGUUUGGAACUCUGUAGUGAGUGUUGCAACCGAGGACAGCCUAUUUUUACGCUCUUCAGCAUUCGGCGUCCCGUUCUGUGAGCUUGUGUGGGCCUACCACUUCGCGGCUGAGCCGUUGUUGCUCCUAGACGUUUGUACUUCACAAUAACAGCACUUAGCGGGGCAGAAAUUUGACAAACUGACUUGUUGGAAAGGUGACAUCCUAUGAAGGUGCCACGUUGGAAGUGACUGAGCUCUUCAGUAUGGGCCAUUCUACCGCCAAUGUUUGUCUAUGGAGAUUUAAUGGCUGUGUGCUCGAUUUCAUACACCUGUCAGCAACGGGCUCAAAUAGCCGAAUCCAUGUGUGUGUUAUAGAUAGACAGAACUAUGGAAUAACACAUAUGGAAUCAUGUAGUAACCAAAAAAGUGUUAAACUUCAAAUAGCCAUCCUUUGCCUUGAUGACCGCUUUGUACACUCUUGGCAUUCUCUCAACCGACUUCACCUGGAAUGCUUUUCCAACAGUCUUGAUGGAGUUCCCACAUGCUGAGCACUUGUUGGCUGCUUUUCCUUCACUCUGCCGUCCGACUCAUCCCAAACCAUCUCAAUUGGGUUGAGGUCGGGGGAUUGUGGAGGCCAGGUCAUCUGAUGCAGCACUCCAUCAGUCUCCUUCUUGGUAAAAUAGCCCUUACACAGCCUGGAGGUGUGUUGGGUCAUUGUUCUGUUGAAAAACAAAACCAGCACAAACCAUAUGGGAUGGUGUAUCACUGCAGAAUGCUGUGGUAGCCAUGCUGGUAAAGUGUGCCUUGAAUUCUAAAUAAAUCACACAGUGUCACCAGCAAAGCACCCCCACACCAUAACACCUCCUCCUCCAUGCUUUACGGUGGGAACUACACAUGCGGAGAUCAUCCGUUCACCCACACCGCGUCUCACAAAGACACGGCGGUUGGAACCUAAAAUCUCAAAUUUGGACUCCAGACCAAAGGACACAUUUCCAACGGCCUAAUGUCCAUUGUUUGUGUUUCUUGGCCCAAGCAGGUCUCUUCUUCUUAUUGGUGUGGUUUCUUAGCAGCAAUUCGACCAUGAAGGCCUGAUUCACACAGUCCCCUGUGUCUGUGAUUUAAACUCUGUGAAGCAUUUAUUUAGGCUGCAAUAUCUGAGGCUGGUAACUCUAAUGAACUUAUCCUCUGCAGCAGAGGUAACUCUGGGUCUUCCAUUCCUGUGGCGGUCCUCAUGAGAGCCAGUUUCAUCAUAGCGCUUGAUGGUUUUUGCGACUGCACUUGAAGAAACUUUCAAAGUUCUUGAAAUGUUCCGUAUUGACUGACCUUCAUUUCUUAAAGUAGUGAUGGACUGUUGUUUCUCUUUGCUUAUUUGAGCUGUUCUUGCCAUAAUUCCAGGUGACUACCUCAUGAAGCUGGAUGAGAGAAUGCCAAGAGUGUGCAAAGCUGGCAUCAAGGCAAAGGGUGGCUAUUUGUAAUACUUUUUUGGUUACUACGUGAUUCCAUAUGUGUUAUUUCAUAGUUUUGAUGUCUUCACUAUUAUUCUAUAAUGUAAAAAUAAAGAAAAACCCCUUGAAUGAGUAGGUGUGUCCAAACUUUUGACUGGUGGUGUUUUUUAGGUGAAACUAAUUUUGGGGAUGGAAAAAUGUUUACAGUGUAAACUUUAAACGACUUAAACCAUGUAUACAUUAUACAUAUUUUUGUGAAUUCUUUAUAAAUGUUUUGGGGAUAUAGGCGGCCCUGAAAAAAACACUUAGGCAGCCCGCCCAAUACUUUUCUAUGCAGAAGAAACUCUGCAAGAGGAGUGGACAGUGUCUAUGUACUGAUUUGAUGUCUGUCUCUGAAAUCCCAGACCUAGGGCAACAGCACUGGAACAUUGUUAAUGUGGGAGGCAACCUGUCUGCCUAGGGAGACAAAUCUCUAUCUCUGAGUUGGAUAUGACCAGUGGUUCAGGUCCAGCAGAGGGAGAUGGGCUCUGCUGCUACAGGUGCCAUGGCAACAGUGCCAAGUAGUGCCACGAUGACUAGUGCCACAUAAUCAGCUCAUUGGCCUAGUCGAGGAUCACUAAAACAUUCAACGUCAAACGGAUGCUUUAGGUUUUCAAAUUAUGACAUGGGCUGCAUUUUUUAUUCAUGCCCUGAAUUAAGCAGAAUUAUAAUAGAAAUGAACCCAACCCUGCUCAAACAAUGACGCAGCAUUAAAGUCUCCCAAGUGACACUUUGGGGUGUAGCCUACUUUUUGAAAAAGACAGCUCCGCAUAGCCACCGAUAAGGACAAUCCAUCACAUCAACGAGACCUGAUGUCCCGGACCCCUUUCUCCCUUUAAUGUUCUCCACUGGUCUCCUGCUGCAGGUAUUAAUAGUUUCUGGAUGGGCCUGCGUGAUUAAAGCAGGUUGCCUCCCGUCCCUGUAAAUAUUGAAUGAUUUUCUCCUUAGUGCUCUAGAAUGCGAGAGAGGAGGAUGAGGAAGAAAAAGAAGGGAAGAUUGAGGUCAUAGCUAUUACUUGACUGUGUCUAAUAAGGGGUAAAAUGGGGGUAGGCUACUAUAUAUGACACACAGUGGCUGCCUAAUCUGAUAUUUGACACAGGCCUGUUCUUAUGGCACAGAGAUGAAUUAUAGCCAGGUUCACACACAUGGUCUCCCUCUAGCAUUGUAAAAGGUGUUCCGCAGCCUUAAUCUAAAUAACAAUCCAUUCGUCUCCUAUCUGCCUGAGCCUCUCUGUCACUACACAUUCCAGCACAAAUGUGUUCCGGUCAAACCCAAUACUUCACAUUAUUUUGCUCUGAGCACAACAGGAAUGCUAAAUAAAGGAAGCUCAUUCUUUUGAGCAUUUACGCGUUGCUGAAAUCACCUUACUCAUUGUACUUUAGGAAUGUCUCACGACGGUGUGUGUGUGUUUUUUGUUUUGUGUAUUCUGUGUAUUCUGUGUGCUUUUCCUCACUGCUGAAGUUACCUUCCUCGUUGAAUAUUUCACGAGUGUGGCCUACAUGUAUCUACACUACAUGGAAUGUGGACACCCCUUCAAUUUAGUGGAUUCGGCUAUUUCAGCCACACCGGUUGCUGACAGCUCUAUAAAAUCGAGCACACAGCCAUACAAUCUCCAUAGACAAACAUUGGCAGUAGAAUGGCCUUACUGAAGAGCUCAGUGACUUUCAAUGUGUCACUUUGUCAAAUUUCUGCCCUGCUAGAGCUGCCCCAGUCAACUGUAAAUGCUGUUAUUGUGAAGUGGAAACGUUUAGGAGCAACAACGGCUCAUCCGCGAAGUGGACACAGAACGGGACCACCGAGUGCUGAAGCGUAUAGCGCGUAAAAAUCGUCUGUCCUCAGUUGCAACACUCACUACCGCAUUCCAAACUGCCUCUGGAAGCAACGUCAGCACAAUAGCUGUUUGUCGGGAGCUUCAUGAAAUGGGUUUCCAUGGCCGAGCAGCCGCACACAAGCCUAAGAUCACCAUGCGCAAUGCCAAGCGUCGGCUGGAGUGGUGGAAACCCAUUUCAUGAAGCUCCCGACAAACAGCUAUUGUGCUGACGUUGCUUCCAGAGGCAGUUUGGAAUGCGGUAGUGAGUGUUGCAACUGAGGACAGACGAUUUUUACGCGCUAUACGCUUCAGCAGUGGAAACGCGUUCUCUGGAGCAGUGGAGCAGUGGAAAGCAGUGGAAACGCGUUCUCUGGAGUGAUGAAUCAAGCUUCACCAUCUGGCAGUCCGACAGAUUAAUCUGGGUUUGACGGAUGCCAGGAGAAUGCUACCAGCCCCAAAGAAGUUUGGAGGAGGAGGAAUAAUGGUCUGGGGCUGUUUUUCAUGGUUCGGGCUAGGCCCCUUAGUUCCAGUGAAGGGAAAUCUUGACGCUACAGCAUACAAUGACAUUCUAGACAAUUAUGUGCUUCCAACUUUGUGGCAACAGUUUGGGGAAGGUCCUUUCCUGUUUCAGAAUGACAAUGCCCCCGUGCACAAAGCGAGGUCCAUACAGAAAUGGUUUGUUGAGAUCGGUGUGGAAUAAAUUGACUGGCCUGCACAGAGCCCUGACCUCAACCCAAUCGAACACCUUUGGGAUGAAUUGGAAUGCAGGCUGUGAGCCAGGCCUAAUUGCCCAACAUCAGUGCCCGACCUCACUAAUGCUUUUGUGGCUGAAUGGAAGCAAGUCCCAGCAGCAAUGUUCCAAACAUCUAGUGGAAAGCCUUCCCAGAAGAGUGCAGGCUGUUAUAGCAGCAAAGGGGGGACCAACUCCUUAUUAAUGCCAAUGAUUUUGGAAUGAGAUGUCCACAUUCUUUUGACCAUGUAUGUGUAUUAUGUUUUUUUUCCCUUUAGUUUAUUUUGUGUUUUUUCUCAUUGCUUAAGACAUCACUUCCUCAUUGUACUUCAAGUAGGGCUACUGUCAUUGUACUUAGGACACGGGUUAGGGUCAGAGAGUAGGGUGAAUGGUGUAUACCACAGGUGUCAAACUCAUUCCACAGAGGGCCGAGUGUCUGCACUCCUCCCUUGUACUUGAUUGAUGAAUUAAGGUCAGUGAUUAGUAAGGAACUCUCCUCACCUGGUUGUCUAGGUCAGUGGUUCCCAAACUGGGGUGUGCUAGGGGUCAGAAAGUUGUAAUAGUAGAAUGCACAAGGUGCAAUUUCUAAAUUGGGUAGUGCAUCAGUUUUCCUCCUGUCAUGUCAGUCAUUGCAUACCUUUUAGAGAGCUAUUAUAGCUUGUCAGAAAUGUUCAAAUCAACUAGCCCAUGUCAGCUAAAGUUUUUUAGCUAGGUUUUUUAGCCCAUAGAUUUUGUUGUAAUGUUUGAGUGACUCAUAUCACAUGAAUAAACAUUAUACAUGACAAAAUGUAUAGAAUUGCAAGAAAAUGAGCUUUAAAACAGCAAAAUGUUCUCUGCACACCAUUACAAAAUCUGUAGAAUUGCAGGAAAUAAGCUUUAAACCUCCACCAACAAGAGGCGUGUGAACAGUUUGUUAUGAACAGUGCUUGUGCCCAUAGAAAUAGACGUGCGUGUAGGGGGGACGCGGGAUGUUCCCCAAUGCUGGAAGGGGGUGCCGGAGUGAAAAAGUUUGGGAACCCCUGGUCUAGGUCUUAAUUGAAAGAAAAAAAACAGCAGACACUAGGGCAUCCAUGGAAUGAGUUUGACACCGCUGGUGUGUACUGUACACUAAGAAUUCUACCACCAGGAGAGCAGCCAUCUUAUGACCCCUCCUGGAGAGGUGUCGUCUGAUUGGUGCUCUACUUUACUCCACCUCAGCAUGAGAUAUUUGUAGCGUUCUAGAUGGACUCUGCUUGGCCCUUUUUCACUGUAAAAACAAAUAAAAUGCUCAAGUGAAAAGAGUUCACACGAAAAUGGCCAGUGAUUGAAAACCGACACUUAAACAGGGUUUUCCAUUGCAAAACGAUUUUCUACGGUGUUCCCUAAUGAAUAUGACCCAGGCCACAGACGGGACAACACCCUUCACGACCCUAUUUUACAAUCUGUAACAAACACUAUCACCUUCUUCAUACUUGGUGUGUGUGGUCUCUUUUUAACUCUUAUCUUUCUGUAUCCCUCCAGGGCCGGUGGUGUAUGUGCUAGACCUGGCUGACCGGCUCAUCUCCAAGGCCUGUCCCUUCGCUGCCGCUGGCAUCAUGGUGGGCUCCAUUUACUGGACCGCUGUCACCUACGGGGCCGUCACUGUCAUGCAGGUGAAAGCACAAACACACACAGCUGUGUUUAUCGACAGACAAUGGCUGCAUUUGAAUUGGCAGUGCAUUACAUAAGGUGCCAUUUCGGACGCACUCUAUCGUUAAUCUACCAAUCUUGACCAUGGUGUCCCUGUGCCCAGGUGGUGGGCCAUAAGGAGGGCCUGGAUGUGAUGGAGCGGGCAGACCCCCUGUUCCUGCUUAUCGGCCUGCCCACCAUCCCCGUCAUGCUGAUCCUGGGGAAGAUGAUCCGCUGGGAGGACUACGUGCUGCGCUUCUGGAGGAAGUACUCCAACAAGCUGCAGAUCCUCAACAGCAUCUUCCCAGGUCAGAAAGGACACAUUGGUAGGGAUGCAAGCCGUUCUGCAACACCAGUGUUAUGUGAAAGCUUAUUCAUUGUGUGUGUCUGUAUGAUGAAGAGUGGGUGAUAAAGAUCUUAUUAGAUACUUGAUGGAUGAUGCUACCUGUGUUAAAGACUGUUGUAAUGUUGUGUGAACAAUGUGGCUUGACCCAGUGUGUGAGCAGUGUUUGUGGGGAUAAAAGAGCGCUUAGACGGGGUCCGUCCGUUGUGGCUUGUGGUGGUGGUAUGUAGGUUCAGUAGCAGUGGGGUUUUCCCACUGAUCUCAUCAUCAAGGAUAGUGAUUGAUGUGGGUAGAAACCGAACCCAUCACUUGAUGAAUGUGUUUUUGUGUGUUUUGUUUAGCAUAUCCAACUGUGUGAAGAUGUACUGGCAAAACAUCAACACCCACAAUGCACCUCACCCAUCCUGACCCUGCACCCUCCUCUCUGUCUUUCUCAGGGAUUGGGUGUCCAGUGCCUCGUAUCCCGGCAGAGGCCAGCCCCCUGGCGGACCACGUGUCAGCCACCAGGAUCCUGUGUGGCGCCCUGGUCUUUCCCACCAUCGCCACCAUCGUUGGCAAACUCAUGUUCAGCAGCGUCAACUCCAACCUGCAGAGGACCAUCCUGGUGGGUAACAAAAACUAACCUCUGUGUCCUGUUAGUCAUACACAGACAGACAGUGGGCCUGGGUUUUGGCCAUUGUAGUUAUAUGGACCACAUAUUCCUCCUAUGUAGUGAUUGCAGGGUUUUUGCAAUGGCUAUACAGUGCAUUCUGAAAUUAUUCAGACCCCUUGACCUUUUUCACAUUUUGUUACGUUACAGCCUUAUCCUGAAAUGGAUUAAAUAAAAAUAAAAAACUCAUAAAGCUGCACGCAAUAGCCCAUAAUGACAAAGCGAAAACAGGUUUUUAUAAUUGUUUACAAUUAAAAAAUAAAUAAAUUUUUUUUUUUAAAGGUAGAAAGAUCUUAUUUUACGUAAGUAUUCAGACCCUUUGUAUGAAACUCAAAAUUGAGCUCCGGUGCAUCCUGUUUCCAUUUAUCAUCUUUGAUGUUUUUACAACUUGAUUGGAGUCCACCUGUGGUAAAUUCAAUUGAUUUGACAAGAUUUGGAAAGACACACACCUGUCUAUAUAAAGUCCCACAGUUGACAGUGCAUGUCAGAGCAAAAACCAAGCCAUGAGGUCGAAGGAAUUGUCCAUAGAGCUCCGAGACAGGAUAGUGUCAAGGGACAGAUCUGGGGAAGGUUACCAAGACAUUUCUGCAGCAUUGAAGGUCCCCAAGAACACAGUGGCCUCCAUCAUUCUUAAAUGGAAGAAGUUUGGAAUCACCAAGACUCUUCCUAGAGCUGGCCGCCUGGCCAAACUGAGCAAUUGGGGGAGAAGGGCCUUGGUCAGGGCGGUGACCAAGAACCCAAUGGUCACUCUGACAGAGCUCCAGAGUUCCUCUGUGGAGACGGGAGAACCUUCCAGAAGGACAACCAUCUCUGCAGCACUCCACCAAUCAGGCCUUUAUGGUAGAGUGGCCAGAUGGAAGUAAAAGGCACAUUGACAGCCCGGCUGGAGUUUGCCAAAAGGCACCUAAAGGUCUCAGACCAUGAGAAACAAGAUUCUCUGGUCGAAUGAAACCAAGAUUGAACUCUUUGGCCUGAAUGCCAAGCGUCGUGUCUGGAGGAAACCUGGCACCAUCCCUACGGUGAAGCAUGGUGGUGGCAGCAUCAUGCUGUGGGGAUGUUUUUCAGUGGCAGGGACUGGGCGACUAGUCAGUAUCGAGGGAAAGAUGAACGGAGCGAAGUACAGAGAGAUCCUUGAUGAAAACCUGCUCCAGAGCGUUCAGGACUUCAGGCUGGGGGCGAAGGUUCACCUUCCAACAGGACAACGACCCUAAGCACACAGCCAAGACAACGCAGGAGUGGCUUUGUGACAAGUCUGUGGAUGUCCUUCAGUAGCCCAGCCAGAGCCCGGACUCUAACCCGAUCGAACAUCUCUGGAGAGACCUGAAAAUAGCUGUGCAGCGACGCUCCCCAUCCAACCUGACAGAGCUUGAGAGGAUCUGCAGAGAACAAUGGGAGAAACUCCCCAAAUACAGCUGUGCCAAGCUUGUAGCGUCACUCAAGGCUGUAAUCGCUGCCAAAGGAGCUCCAACAAAGUACUGAGUAAAGGGUCUGAAUACUUAUGUAAAUGUGAUAUUUCAGCUUUUUAUUUUUAAUACAUUUGCAAAAAUGUCUAAACCUGUUUUUGCUUUGUCAUUAUGGGGUAUCGUGUGUAGAUUGAUGAGGGAAAAAACCUAUUUGUCAGGUGGCAAGGAGAAGUAAACAACAUUAAUAGACUUGGUAGAUUUUGAUGUCCCCACAUUAUAAUUGGAAGAGGAAAUGUAAACUCUAACAUAGCCUAUUAACUAGAAAGGUAACUCCAAACACUUUUGCUAAGAGCUGCUGUUUAGCUUGCUAAACAAAGGUUAGCCAUGUGUUGGCAAAAAUGUAUGUCCAAGUCAAGAAAGCUUACCAGCAGCCAGCGGGAUUUGCCGCACUGGUAGCCAAUUCACCGGUGCUUUUUCAAAGUGUAAUGGCCUCCAAUGAGUGUAAUUUGCUCAAUAUGAAGAUGUGAGAAAUGAAGUUGACAUCAUUAGAAAUUAUAUUUUUCUCUUCUACUGUAGGUAUGUAAUUCAAAAUUAGUUUAUUAUGUUGCUAGCAAUAUUCAUAAUGUUAAUUUUAAAAAAUCACUAUUUAUAUACACUGAACAAAAAUAUAAAGGCAACAUGUAAAGUGUUGGUCCCAUGUUUCAUGAGCUGAAAUAAAAAAUCCCCGAAAUGUUCCAUACGCACAAAAACUUUUCUCUCAAAAUGUGUGCACAUUUUUUUUUUUCCAUCCCUGUUAGUGAACAUUUCUCCUUUGCCAAAAUAAUCCAUCCACCUGACAGGUGUGGCAUAUCAAGAAGCUGAUUAAACAGCAUGAUCAUUACACAGGUGCACCUUGUGCUGGGGACAAUAAAAGGCCACUUUAAAAUGUGCUGUUUUUUCACACAGCACAAUGCCACAGAUGUCUCUAGUUUUGAGGGAGUGUGCAAUUGGCAUACUGAGUGCAGGAAUGUCCACCAGAGCUGUUGCCAGAUAAUUUAAUGUUAAUUUCUCUAACAUAAGCUUGGCAGUAACCACGCCAACGAUCUGCCAACUUAUAUCUGUAGCGUCCGAACAGUUUGGGCUACACACUAAUACGACCCCUUUGUGGAAAGGUGAGACUCUCACGAACACAUGUAGUUUGUUUUGCUCUAUGAUGCCCACAGGCCUCACAAGACUCCACCACCCCCCCCAACCUGAGCUUUUGUUCUUUAUGCCCUGUCUGCAGGGUGGGAUCGCGUUUGUGGCCGUCAAGGGAGCGUUUAAGGUGUACUUCAAACAGCAGCAGUACCAGAGGCAAGCCCACCGCAAGAUCCUCAACUUCCCAGAGGCAGAGGAGGCCUGA